AGUGCCUGCCAGGAAACUCUAAUUUGCCUGGAGAUUCUAGAGCCCUAGAGGAAGCAACUGACAUGCUUCUCCUCCCUCUCUCCAUGCUGAUCCUGCUCUCAUGGCCCCCAAGGUCUCUGGGGGCAGAAGUGAAGACCUAUUCCCAGAAAACACUGGCCAACGCCUGCACCCUGGUCGUGUGUAGCACCCCGGAGAAUGGCCUUCCUGGUCGUGAUGGACGAGAUGGGAGAGAAGGCCCCCAGGGCGAGAAGGGGGAUCCAGGUUUACCAGGACCUGUAGGAGGAGCAGGGAUGCCUGGACCAGCUGGCCCAGUUGGGCCCAAAGGGGACAAUGGCUCUGCUGGAGAACCCGGGCCAAAGGGAGACACUGGACCACCUGGGCCUCCAGGACCUCGAGGUAUGCCUGGUCCAGCUGGAAGAGAAGGUCCCUCAGGGAGGCAGGGGAACAGAGGACCUGCAGGUGCACCAGGCCCCAAAGGCGAGACUGGACCCAGUGGAGAAGUGGGUGCCACAGGCAUGCAGGGCUCCCCAGGGACAAGAGGCCCCGCAGGUCUUAAAGGAGAGAGAGGUGCCCCCGGUGAACGCGGAGCCCCUGGAAGUGCUGGGGCAGCAGGGCCUUCUGGAGCCAUAGGUCCACAGGGACCUGCAGGUGCCAGGGGCCCCCCAGGACUGAAGGGGGACAGAGGUGCUCCUGGAGAAAGAGGAGCAAAGGGAGAGAGUGGACUCCCAGACAUCACUGCUCUCCGGCAGCAGGUGGAGACCUUACAGGGACAGCUAAAACGCCUCCAGAAUGCUUUCUCUCAGUAUAAGAAAGUGGAGCUCUUCCCCAGUGGCCGGGGUGUCGGGGAGAAGAUCUUCAAGACGGGAGGUUUUGAAAAAACUUUUCAGGAGGCACAGCAGGUAUGCACACAGGCCGGGGGACAGGUGGCCUCCCCACGCUCUGAAGCCGAGAACGAGGCCUUGAGACAGCUGGUCAAUGACCUGAACAAAGCUGCUUACCUGAGCAUGACCGACGACAAGAGGGAAGGCAGGUUCACCUACCCCACAGGGGAGCCCCUGGUGUAUUCUAACUGGGCCCCCGGGGAGCCCAACAACGACAGAGACGCGGAGAACUGUGUGGAGAUCUAUCGCAAUGGCAAGUGGAACGACAGGGGCUGCGGAGAACAGCGCCUCGUGAUCUGCGAGUUCUGAGCCCCCGGGGAGGGUGGGGCAUUGCCCAGAGCUGUGUGCUGCCAAUGUCCCAAUAAAAAGGUGAUCCUCAGGGCUUCCCUGGUGGCGCAGUGGUCCAGAAUCCGCCUGCCAAUGCAGGGGACACGGGUUUGAACC